GCGUUUUAUACAACUUUUUAUACAACUUUUUCAUGACAUUUAUUAAAGACCAAAUGAAGAAUGAACUGGAAGAAGUUGUAAGUUUCAUACACGCUUUAACUUUUACAUGAUCCACUCCUCUACAUAAGAUGGAAUGUAAUUUUUCACCAAAGUUACGAAACAUUUUGCAAUUUUACAAUUAAAAGUAACGAGUUUGAAGGAUUUGUAAAAAAAUAUUUGAGGGAACUGACUCAAUCGGGCCCGCAGUAAUUGGCUGUUGCGGUCACCCAGCCGUGGUCAUGUACCUAUUGUAUUUCAUUAUGUACGUUUGUUUUUGUCCUGUCAUGUAAUGUACUGUUUCAUCGGCAAAGUUUAUAAAUUAAAAUUAAAUUAAAUUAAUGUUUAUUAUUAAGUUAGUUUGCUCAAAAAUUUCUUACAAAUCCUUCAAAGCUUAGAAUUCACUAUGCAAAAUUCCUACUGUGAUCACAGAAACUUUUGAUAGUGUACCAGCCUAUGGCUUAGUCUAUAUACUCUGCCAUGCAUGCUUUCAUAGUUGAAAAUUAGUUGUCAAAGCUUUGUUGCACAGUUAUUCAGCUAUCAAUCAAUAAUUUGUAGGAAAUAAUUGGUGGGGGGGGGGGGGUGCUCCCUUCUCUAUAGUGUUCGACAGGCAUUGAAUAAAGUGAUUGUUAUAUGAUACUUAUAUAUUUUAAUUUUAUAGAUUUGUCGUAACGCGAUAAAGGCAGUUAAUAAAGAAAUCAAUGCUACAUUGAGGACAAUUCCAGGUGUUGUUGAUAAUAUUGUCAAACAUAUGACAAUCCCAAAAGCUUGAGUGUAUCUCUUCAUCCCAUGAAACAAGUAAACUCCAUUAUAGAUUCAGUUGAUCACAAUGACUAUCUUAAUGUAAAGAUCUUUUGAAAUGUGGCACUGAAAAUGAGAAAUUGGAAGCACUACAUGUAUACUAAAAUUUACCCUGAGUAUCAGGCCCUGUUUUCCCUUCCUCGUAGAGGGCCUACACAAUUAAAUCCCUGUCUAUAUAGCCCCAUGUAAAAAAUCAAAAUCUGGCUUUUCACUUGACUGGUCUAUACUAGACAAAAAAUUUUAAUAUCUCUUUUUGUUAAUACUAAUUAGAUCAUACUAUGUGUUCAUGAUAUUGUUGUUGUUACAGUAGCUAUUAUGUGAAAUUGACAUUUCCCCUGGGAUAUAUUAUUGGAUACUAAAUAAUUUUACAUUGGGUGGAGAGUGAUCGCAUUAAGAUUUGUGUCAGGCUCUGUUUUUAAAAUAGAGAGGUUGAUACUUUUAAAAUUAAAACAAGUAGAUCUUUUAGAUAAUUUUUUAGAAAAUGAACGUUAAAAAUUAUACAAACAGAUGAAAAUAACUAAAUAUUUAAAUUAUUUCUGAAUAAAAUAUUGUAUAAUAGGUUUCUAUCAAUAAAUUCUCUGUUAAACAUUAUGAUACAAAAUUAGCUAAUUUAUAUUUUAUAACGAAAAUAAAUAUGAUAAUGUUAUAUUUGAUAAGGGUAAUUUUUGUUCGGGCAACAGAAUUUGAGAGGCCUCUGAACCGCGCAAAGGCCCUGGGUACGAGGUUGGUAGAACAAAGUCUGGACGAGAAGUACAAACGUGAAGAAGAGGAAUGCUGUGGAUGUAUCAAUUUUACUCCAUGCAUGCAUUAAUAUUUUCUUGAUUUUUACUAGAAUUAACGAUUGGUUUGAGCUUUAUUUCGACGAUGAAAUUAAUUUCGAAAACGCUAUAAAAUACGCUAUAUAAUAAAAAAACGCUAUAAAAUACGUAUUAAAAUACGCUAACGGGUUAAGAGAGAUACUAGUGUGAUAUUCAAGAAAGAAAAUAAAAUUUACACAGCUAAAAACGUGUUUUUUAAUUUUCGUGAAACGGUUAAUUUUGUUUUUACAUGUGAUGAUGUGGAACGUGAAAUGGUUGUUUUUCUUGACGUGAUCUGAACCCAUUUCUACCACCUUUACUACCUCGUACCCAGGCGCUUUAUUAUCUUUUGGCUAUGUAAUAGGGAUACAUGAAGUAUUCAGACAAGCGGGCGACGAGCGAAGCCCUGGGUACGAGGAUGCGAGCGAAGGGGCUGUUGGGAAAGUGUACUCUUCCCAUCAGCCACUUCGUGCUUCUCUUGUCAUUACUAUUCUUUAUGUAAACUCGUCAAAUGCGCAUGGGUACCAGACAGACACCUCAGAUUUGCAAGAAAUGUUUGAGGCAACUGGCUCAGUGUAAGCACCGAGUCAGUUCCCUGAAACACUUAUUACAAAUCCUUCAAAACUUAGAAUUUAUCAAAAUCCCUACUGUGAUCACAGAAACUUUUAUAGUGUAAACCAGCCUUUAUGGGAGUUAACAACCGUGGUAUGAAGACAAUUAUAUAUAUACGGUGUUCGUUUCCUUUGUAUUUUCGGCUAAUGAAUCAUUAUAGUCGAACGAUAAGUGCAUUCAACAUGCACAUGAUAUAGAAACCUUCGUCGAUCGAUUUUAUUACUGUUGCUAGCUUUUGUGUUCAAAUAAAUUAAUAAGAAUAAAUCAUUAAAUAACAAAAUACAAUUGAUGCUAGAGCAUGAAUAAGUACAAAAAAAUGAAAGAAAUUUAAAAACAGAAUGAAGAGUCAAGCUUCAAGUUAAAGAUAAAUUGUAAGUAUUUUUAAAAUUAAAUUGACAGAAAUAAAUAUAUAGUUAUGUACUAGUUAAAAUGUUAUAAAACUAUUUGCAUUUAAAUUAACUUCUGUUUUACAUUAUGCAAAGUUUAAACUAAAUUUGUCUUAUGUUUGAUAAUUUUACCUAGUUUUGGAAACAAAAAUGUAGCAUAUAUAAUAACUUCUCUGGAACUAAUAUCUUUGUGCAUGGAUAAAUGGCUGAACAAAAUAAACAUCUAUUUCGAUUUAUAACAAAGACAAAGUAAAAUGGAGAAGACUGUCUACAGACAUGAAAAGUAACAGUAGUUUAUUUUGUCAUUCAAGGUGAAGAACGAAUGUUCAAUGAUACUCUGAAAACCAAUUACGACCUCGUACGUCCUCCUCAAUUUCUUCAUAAUGGUGUCGAGAGUGAUUUCAAGGUAUACACAUACACACACACACACCGAACAUAUAUGAUAAGAUGAAAUGUUCUCGAUGAAAUGUUGUGCAGUUUGGACGCAUUCACUCCAUAGUCCAUAAUAUACAUGCAGCUAUUUCAAGUCGUAGUCAUGCAAUUGUACAUUCCAAGCGCGAGCUGCAAAUUGAGUAUACCUAUAUUUUUAAUUUUUUUAGCUGUUUAGGUAGCUUAUGACUAUAGCUGCACAACGUUGCAUGCAAUUUAUCGGUGACAACAAGUAUAGAAAUUUACAAAUCAGCGACAAACGGUUGAAGUUGCUUGAGACAACCUUAAUUGAAAUUAUUGUAUUCAUUGUAUUGUUAUUUUUAGUUGAGUAUUACUGAGUUCUUUUCUCUUUAUUUUAGGGUGAAUUUCUUAACGUGAAGCAUCCUAAAACACCACCUUACACACCAGAAGAACUGCCACCAAUAAGGGACGAGCAUUCUAAGAUGGUAUAUAUAUGGGUUACAGCGUAUACCAUUAAUACUGCGUUCUUUGCUGUCAAUCAAAGUGGAUUACAAUUCCUAUUUGACAACGACAAUGUAAGGAUGAUGAUGUUUUAUGAUUUGUUAUAUUGUUUCCAGUUUUGGAUUGUAAGAACACGGGGAGGAUCAUAUAUAGGUGCAAAUUUUGCAGACCCUGACCAUGCGCAAUAGCUUUUGAUGAUGGAGGAGUGCGAAUGUGUGCUUGUCAUCCUUACUUGCAGCUGAGAGCUAAGCUGAAUUACGAAGAACGCAGCUCAACCAAGCUCAACCUGAUGGAGUCGAAGGCUCUCUAAGAGCACAUGUGGCAGCCACGUUAUGACUCAUGUCUGAUCAUGGAGCACAACAACAGUGGAAGGGGCUGAUCCCAAGCCACCAUGUCAACAUUUCCUGUGUGAGGAAACCGGACUACCCGAAGAGAACUCACGACGUUCGAUAUGGAGCCCGUUGACUGACUCUUUUUCAUACAUGUACGAGAGUGAGCAGUGAGAUGGAACCUACGAUCUCGGAAGAGGAAGGAGCUUGCUCUCACGACUGCGCCACCGCUGCAUGUCUAUAUAAAUACUGUUUUCUCACGAGUCACGGUUUUUAGGGCUUCCACUAUUUCAGCGGCUCGUGGAAAAUUCCGUUGCACGGAUAGUUGGAACUGCUUACCAAAAAUGAAAUGAUAUGAUUGAUCAUGCGGGAAGUGAUCUGCACGAUCUAUGAAAAUGAUGAAAAUGAUAGCUCGUCAAUUAAAUGUAAAUAUUAAAAAGCUGCAUAGCCGAUUAUUAUUAGCCAAUGUACGUGGAACAGCACAGUUGAUCGGACAUUUAUCAGACACAAGCGAAAUUGUUAUAAUCCAUACUGACCUGCUCACGUUGUUCCAACAUGUGAUUCUGAGAUGUCACAAAUGCUCCAACAUGUGAUUCUGAUAUGUCACAAAUGCUCAACAUGUGAUUCUGAGAUGUCACAAAUGCUCCAACAUGUGAUUCUGAGAUGUCACAAAUGCUCCAACAUGUGAUUCUGAGAUGUCACAAAUGCUCCAACAUGUGAUUCUGAGAUGUCACAAAUGCUCCAACAUGUGAUUCUGAUAUGUCACAAAUGCUCCAACAUGUGAUUUUGAGAUGUCACAAAUGCUCCAACAUGUGAUUCUGAUAUGUCACAAAUGCUCCAACAUGUGAUUCUGAGAUGUCACAAAUGCUCAACAUGUGAUUCUGAGAUGUCACAAAUCUCCUGCCGUAUGGUAUCGAUAUUUUUGAAGUAAUUUAUUCUUGACUUUCGGUCCCCCCCCCCCUGCAUCAAGAAGCUAUAUCGGUCUUACCACUUUUCAUGAAAACAAUUUGAUUGUUGUAGAGGCAUGUGUUGUUUUUAUUUGUUUGAAUGGAGCUUUUUCUUUUAAAAAGCAAUUAUUGAAUUCGGUUUUUGUGAUAUGCAAAAUUAUCAAGGUCUCGGUAAGCGUUAUCAGCCUCGCCUUCGGCUCGGCUGAUAACGCUUACCUCGACCUUGAUAAUUCCGCAUAUCACAAAAACCUCAAUCCAAUAAUUGUUAAUUAUCAAACGCCAGAAUGACAAUUGCCUGCGAUAAUCGUAUCAUGUACAUGUUGAUUGUUUUUUUGCAUCUUGAACUUAUUUUCUUUAGUUGCCCGAUGGUGCUCCUGUGGAAUUGAAUACAAACGCUUUUAUGUUAGUUGUGCCAACGGUAGGUUUUAAUAUUUUACAGCGUAAUUAUACAACGAGUCACUCAAAUAAAUUAUUGAUUAUUUUGUAUUAUAAUGUUAGAUUAACAAUAAGGUAUUCGUUGACGUUGUUGAUCUAAGAAUUUAUGGUGUUGUGCCCAAUCUUCUGUGCGGGUGUUAGCCUCGUUGCUACAGGUCCUUGUAAAUUAUCAGGGAUGCCGGAAAGGGGGGGCAUCGCCCCCCUUGCCCUUUAGUAAGGGGGCAGGGGGGGGGCGAAAGUGCCCUUAUAGAUAAAAAUUCUAACCCAAAAAAUAUGAGGUACAACGAUUAAAAAGUAUGAAUUACGGGUGAAAUGUACGUAAUAUUGCCCUUGUGUAAGGUCCCGGAAAAUUUUCGGAAACGAAAUAUUAAUUAGUGAUUGCCCUUACGUCAACAUUGCCCCCCCUGUGCCCUACCCUCGCUCCGGCGUCCCUGUAAAUUAUAUAUAUUAUAUAUCACGUUGUGCUCCAAAUCUUUAUUAGUAUUACUUUACAAUCCAAUAGUGGUUAUACACUUUUAACUUUUCUAUAUCUGACUUCAGAUUACAAAUCCAUGCGUAUGAUAUACGAUAUCCCGAUUUGUCAUUUUGUCAGUUGUCAACCUACGUCACAACCUAACUAAUUGUACAUAACAUUUACAGCUUAAUAGUACAGCUUAACACGGGCUUGUGGUCUUUUAAUCACAAUUACCAAAAAUCACGCGGGAAAAGGCUUGAGACGAGGUUGUGAAGCCAUCUUGAGAAACGUCUGUUCAAGUAUAUAUAGUAACCUAUACCUUUAGCCUGUUUUAUAAUAUAGGUAUAUAUAUAAUGAUGAAAUAUUGAUUUCUAUAUAGUUAUACUCCAAAUAUCCAAACAAAGACAUGGCAAUUCGUUACUGUAGUUCAGCUCCAGCUAAAAUUACUCUUAACCCUGAUGAUGCAUCAGUUACAUUGUUUGGAUUGAUGACGUUUUAUGUCAUACUUGAUGAUAAUAAGCUGGUGGACUGCUUUACACUAAACAUGGUUUGUAUUCAACUUUGGUUUUCUCUAGACGUGGUAAUGCAAGUGUUCCUAAAAUAUUCUACCAAUUUAUUUGCUCAUUCAUUGGAGACAUUUAACCAAUUAUCCGCUUCUUCCUAUAAUCCUGUAUUUUGAUCAUUUCUGGUAACGGCCUGUCUCUUUGUAUGAUUGGUCAAUUGCGCCAAAACUAAAGGUGAUUGGUGCAUUCAAUUAUCAAUUUUACGGGAAAUUAUCAAAUAACUGAUCAAGCGAAUUGUUUGUGUGAGCAAAUGAAUUGGUAUAGAACACUUUCUCUUCGACGAAGUUUCCAAUGGCAUUAGACAGAAUAAAAUCCUGCAAUCGUUUGGCAUUGGAAUAAAAUCCUGAAUUCAGUACAUGUAUCAUUUCUAGUUUAUACAGUGCGUGCUACGCGUCUGCCAUGCAUGCAUGUUUCACUCCCAUAUAAAACAAUCAUUGUUUUAAUCUGUUGUAAAUGAUAUUUUGAUUUGAUAUAUGGAAAAUGGACCCAGUACAAAAUCCAGAAAAGCCGCUGUCCAUGGUUGUAACAUCCGUCCUUAAAAUACAAAUACAAAAUGAAAGAGAGAGCGAAAAUGACAAAUCAAUUUUUUAUCCAUUGAGUACCAGCGCUCUCCCCUUGACGAGCAAAAACAUCUGCCGUCAAGGCUGCUCUCCAGUUAAUUAAAGGCACAGUUCAGCGGCACUUCAGCCUUUUGAAUGAUAGUUUUUAAGGCGCAUUUCAGCCCUUUUAAUUGAAAAAAACUAACUAGGAAAAGCAAUUAUGCAUAAUUCAAGAUCAGUAUAAACUCAAUGUUUUAACAAUAGAAAAUGUUUUAAAAUGUUAAAACAUUAAGUUUGCUGAUCUUGAAUUAUGCUUGGUUGAUUUUCCUAGUUAGUUUUUAAUGCGCCUUAAAAACCAUCAUUCAAAAGGCUGAACUGUGCCUUUGAGCAGUUUUCAUACGUGCGUGUACGCGGCACUGAAAAGUUUAAAUCCUUUCAAAUUUUACUCAUGAAAUAACUAACUGAAAAAAAGGACAGAUUUUAGUUUUCUGUAUAUGGUAUAAUGUGUAUUUGUUGUGGUGAUUGGUACUUAUAUAAAAUUUUGAAAGAUUUAAAAUGAAAAACACUUAACAUCAAGAUUUUGUUGGCAUCUCACUCGACGGAAUAAUAGUUGAAGGGUAUUGUAGAGGGCAGGGGCGCAAAUGCAAUUUUUGCGCACAAAGGACCGAUUUUUUUCACGAGGGACCGACUUCGCGGCUCGUGCACACUACAUAAUUAUUAUUACGAUCUUAUAUAGAAUGAAUAGUAACGCGGUCAUUUUUCAAUUCUUGUAAUUUUAAUAUAUACAACAACUACAACAACAGAAUAUCCUUAGCUGACUCUUUUCAAAAAUAAACUAAAUAGCAAUGGGAGAUUGGUUCUGUUAUUCGGGCUGGUAAUCGGUGAUGUCCGCGGACCGUACGCCGCAGGAUUUAACAAUAUGUUUCAAAGUUUAAUUAGGCUUCCACUCUUCGGCAAAUUUUCCCAUUUCGUCGUAAGGAUUGUGCUUCAAGGUCAAUCUGAUCAAUCAAGUCUUUUUCGCAAUUAGCCAAUGUCAUUCAAUUCUGAGGCUAAUAGGGAUGAGAGUUUUAAUUUGAGCUUUGCUCACUUGAAGCCGAUGUUACAGGAGCUGUGAGAACAAGUUUCAAUUGGCACCGCAAUGUGAGUGGAAACAGUUCUUUGAAUUUAGAACAAUACAGUCAAAGCAUCGUUAAUGGUAGCAAUGCCUUGUUUUGACGCCAAACGAUGAUUCCGAAAAACUUGUAAUUCAACUUCAAGUGAAGCUUCGUCCGGUUUGGCAUUGGGUGGAAACAAGUCAAUCAGCGACAACACAUCUCUGGAAAUAAUUUUACUUUUAGGAAACAGCGGGCUCUAUGAUCUUGAAGGCCACUUUCAAGUUAUCUUCAAGCAAUAAUAUUUGGGCUUCAAGCACUUGCAGGAACUCUUUCCUGUAAAACGUUUGCAACACAAAAUGAACAGCGUUUUCAGGCGUAUCAUCAAUUCUGCGUGGUGCCACUCUCUUCCUGUGGUGCUUAGCAAACUCUGAUUCAGCAUUGACACCAUGUUUAGCACUAAACGCAACAGCAGCUUCUAUUUGAAGAUUUAGGUUUUCUUCCAAAGCAUCGGCAAUAUUCAGUUCAAUGGCUUGAACUUGCUUUGUUAAAAUCCUCGUUUUAGUCAUAACAUUUCUCAUGAGCAUUAAGGCCAGGAUGAAUUCGAAACAUUUGACGGAUUCUUAGCUUUAACCCUCGUCUUGGCAUCUUCUGAUUCCGCUUCUUUAUCCAAAGCAGCAAUUAUGCCAUCAGAAGUCACCCACACUGCCACAAUAGUCUCUGAGCGAGCAACUCACGAGUGACAGAAAGUUUCCUCAGAGUGAAGUGCCCCCUCUAUAUCUUCUAUAUCCUUUAUAUCCUGACGAAAAGUUUGCACGGAAAUUUUUUUCGACAAGUCGGGCACAAUGGGAAAAAGUCGGGAAAUUUCUUUCUGCCCCCUAAUUUUUCCCUUCCCGUACACCUAUGCCUCGUGUGUAUAGCUAUAACUGCUCGCAAUUGGUUCCGACAAAAUAGUACGCAUUCAAAAUAUAGUAAAUGUUAUUUUGAGAUGUUUUGUCGAACUAUAAUUACCGUAAUGUUCCAUACAAACCGGUGAUUUAACCAUAGCCUCCCAUCGCGCCCUUUGGACCGCGCAUAAAACGGGCUCUGGAUUUGGUUUGGGGCCGACUUUAUAAUAACCAUCAGGACCGAAUGUUUCAAUAUUGGGGGGGUGUCACCCCUCAUUUGCGCCCCUGGUAGAGGGAAAUUAUCGGGUGGAAAUUUAUAUACAUUGAUUAAACCUACCGAGGAACAGCUGCAAAAAAUGCAACUUUUAGGUCCCUGGCAGGAAUCGAAUUACCUGCGGCCCUACGAUUCCGGUGCAGCGCUUGUGGUUAGAGCUCGACCACUGGCGUAGCUCUGUAGCUCAGUUGGUUAGAGCUCGAGCACUGGCGUAGCUCUGUAGCUCAGUUGGUUAGAGCUCGACCACUGGCGUAGCUCUGUAGCUCAGUUGGUUAGAGCGCUGCACCGGAAUCGCAGGGCCGUAGGUUCGAUUCCUGCCAGGGAUAGGAAGUUGCAUUUUUCGCAGCUGUUCCUGGUUAGGUCUAAUAAAUGUAUAUAAAUUUCUACUCGAUAAUUUCCAUCUACAAUACCCUUCAACUGAAAAGUAGCCUUUAUAUAGGCGGAGUAAAAUAUAGCCUGCGCGCGGUCUCAUGACAUCCGUCAAACGACGAGACUGCCCACAGGCUAAAUAGGAUAGUAAAGUAUAGGGCGCAUUGGGGCGCAAUGUAACCCAAUAUAUUUUCAAAGUGACAAUAUAUUUAAAGAUCUCAGCUCACCUUUAUGCUUUAUCCUUUAGUCUAAAGCUAUCUUAUAGCAAGUCAUUGUAUAGCACAUAUUUUCAUAAUUUUAGUACUUUUUUCAUAUAUUUAUAUAGGUUGAAGUGGCCAAUAUUGACGACAUUCUUAUCUUCCGGAAGGGCAGCUAUUCCUACUUUGGUUUAAAAUUGACAAGUUCGCGGUAGGUUUGGAAUAGGAGUGGGUUUGAACAUCACUUCAGUGUCAGAAUACAAUAAUUGAAUUGCAUGCAGUAUUUAUAUUUUGUGUUUUCCUUAAUAGGCCUAAUAUAUAUGUUGUUUUUGUUAAAGGACUGAUGUCACGUUACAGGAAAGUCAUAUUGGAGAUUUCGAUGUAAGUUCUUCAACAGCACUGUUUGCACGUCUUUAGAAAGGUUCAGAUUUGACUUCCAGUUUUCCACUACCGCUAGCCAAUCAGAUGCGUUUGAUAUAUCCGCUUAACCAGUCAGAUGUGUAAUAAAAGGUAGUGGUAGCGGUGUGAAAGUCAAAUCUGAACCUCGCUAAUGAUGCACCAAGGACCGGUUUGUUUAUUUGAAUCUGGUUAGGUUAUUUAACAACUAAAUUCAUUCUUCAAGACUUUGACUUGUCUUAUCCUGCUCAAAACACUCAAAUUACUUCCAAUAUCUUAUUAGCAGGAAGUAAAGGACCUUGUCUUCUUUUUCAAAUGUUUACAAGGUCUUUAUGAUCUAGAUGUCUUUUCUUUUGUCAUUUUCUCGUCUCUCCCACUCGUACAAACCAACAAAGGUUACUAACUCCUAAUCUUUGCAGAACUUCUCUUUUUAGAGACUCGUUUUUCAAUCCGAUUGUUUUUCUUUAGAACAUAGUCGUCACGCUCAUAUCAUUGAACGUGCCUCUAUUUGAGGCCUCUUUCAAACACAAUCUGUUUUCUCAUUACCUUUCCAAACUUGAAUCUACAUUUGGCAUGAAUAGAAUGCGCACUUGGAAAACCUAUUGUUCCAAGUGUACCAAGGUUAAUUUCGUGCACUUUUCAUGUUAAUAUUUGUUCAAAUAUAUUAGUGUGUUAAUGUGUGUUUGUGUCCCUAAAUAUGUUAUAACUAUUGUUGUCAUUCUUAAUAUAUGACUUUGGUUGGUCUUAAUAUAUAUAUAUGGGAUUUGUUGACUGUAUCUUCAACCUUAUUUUCCUUCAUAUAUUCUUACAUUUAAUAUAGUUUUGUUCAUGUAUAAAAGGUUGUAACGCUAAUAAAUAAAAAAGAUACAACUACCUGAAAAUACAACCAGAACUGCGACGUUUCGAGCGAAGGCCCUCAGUUUGGAAGGCCCUUCGAGCGAAGAGCCUUCGCUCGUCCAAUAGUCUCCCUUGCAGCCUGUUCGCGGGUGACUGUUCAACCGCGAACAGGCUGCGAGGGAGACUACACCAUUGAACUAUAAAUAAACUGGAAGGCUAACUGCUAUGAUGAAGGCCUAUGAUUUGAUGAAGCCAAAAUAGUUUUUCUGAGUUAUGAGCAGAAAUACUUGACCCCAAACGUCGGGCUAUAUAUCAAAUUGAAGCUAUUGAAAAUUGCUAUUCGGUGUGGAAAUUUCAAGACUUCAGUGAAAAGAAAAAUAUUUAAAAAAUACAAAAACAACUGCAAAACGGCAAAUUAUCGGUAAUUAUGUUUGUAGUUUUUCAAUAUUUCCCUUUUAGCUAAAGUCUUGAAAUUUCUACACCAAAUAGCGUUUUUCAAUAGCUUCAAUUUGAUAUAUAGCCCAACGUUCAGUGUCGAGUAUUUCUGCUCAUAACUCAGAAAAACUAAAAUGCACUGGCUUCAAUUCCCCCCCUCCCCCCCCCCCUGAGUUAGCCUUCCAGUUUAUUUAUAGUUCAAUGGACUACACUCAUCCAAGUUCUGCUUGUAUUUUUAAAGUAGUUGUAUCCCUCUCAAUCCACAACUGUCUUGUUAUCGUUGCUACCUACACUGGCACAGACCGUUCAAGUUUAUUAGAUUGUUUAUCUUGUUUUUGGUUAUAUACUAUCAAGUAUAUUUUAAAAAUACGUUUUCUUUGUGAUUAUUAUUUAGCUGACGCUCCUACGAUUCACUGUUGACAUCUUAGCACAAUUUAUUUUAUCAAGAUAUAUAUCACGUAAGUUCGAAUCAGUGUUCAAGGACUCCAUUUUGUUCCAAAUUUGUGUUCUAAAUCAACACAGACCUUAAAAUUUUUUGGAGGUACAUUGUGCAUGAUCAAACAGUUUCAUCCUCCAAAAGUUUUCAAUUAUUCAGCGUUGAUCAUCGUGAUACUGCUAUGAAUUCUAUGAAUGAAUCCUGCCAAUACCUUCGUUUAGUCGUGCAGUAAAUAAAGUGAGUUUGGGCAUUCGUGGGUUUUCGGUUUCCAGCAUGGCUGGACAAACCCAUGCACUAUUAAUUUAACCAUGCACUAUGCAUAUAGAUCAUAUAUAGUCGCAUCGUCUCUCAGCACCUUAUCACUGCAGCUAUUGGUUGAAAGUCAGCAAAUUCCUAGAUUUUCAGCUCUUUUCGUUUUUGGACGUUGAACUAUAUAUAGGUUAUCACGUACAGGUCAUAGAAGGCAGUAGCUGAUUAUGCAUGUUCAACGGCUAUAUUGGAUAAAUUUGACAUUGAUUGAAAAUUUGAAGGUUUAUUGCUCUGUUAAGCUAACUAUUACCAUCACUUCUGUCUCGUCCUCAGUCGCUCAUCUCGCGUUAAAUGAUGCUUAGAAUAUUCCCAUGAGCCUUUGCGUCAUGUCGUUCUUUUAAGGCAUUCCCAUGGAUCAUUUCGCGAAUUUUUGAGAGACUGCUAUGAUAAAGUGAUAAUAAAUACUUUGAUCAAAGUGUGGUAGUGUGAACCGUCCACACAUUCAGUUUGUUCCUAGGCCAAUUUGUUCCUAAUACACCUUUUUUUUCCAAACAUGCAGCAUUACAUGUUCCUGCGUGAUUAAAAAAAUAGAGUAUGGCUUAUUGUUUUUAGCAAAGAUGGAAGAAGGAUUUAAAUUGCCAUUGCCAAAAAAUGUCGUACUGGCGAAUAGUGAGACAGCAAUAGGAAAGGUACUGUAACGCUCAUUUACUCUUUGAUUGUGACUGUUUAGGUUGGAGUUUGCCUAAAAUGCAAAAUGAGGAUAUUGAAAACAGCAAUAAAUCAUUUUGUUGAAAAAGGGGAUUGCCCCUAUGCGGGCACUUGUUUUGCAUUCCAGUUGCCAUGAACGAACUGUACUCAGCCUUGUGUCCAGACUUUUCUCCCUCGUUAAUUCAGGAUCGACACGCUGGGAAAGAUUGGUAUGCAUGACAACAAAAAAUAUAACAAUAACAGAUAUUAGUAUAAUUACAUAGGUGAUUAUUGAAAAUUCUCCACGCUGAUUGGUUGCCGUUGAGGUGAUUAUUACGCGAUAAUCACCUAAGCGAUUUUCAAAAUGGCGGCCGAAGCCUUUUCUGUCAAUUAAAUGACGAAGAAAUGUGUAUUUUCUUAUUUUUUUCCCAAAUAAUCACCUAUGAAAUUAUACUAAAACAAUUAUUCACCUCAGGCUCGGUGAUUAUCGUGAAUAAAAACCUCGACUUCGUCUCGGUUUUUAUUCACCGAUAAUCACCUCGCCUUCGGCGAAUAAUUGUUAAAUAACACGUUUAUCUAAAAAUGCGUCACAAACACCGAUCGCUUUUGUUAUAUUUCUAUGCAUAUAUAUAAAUAUCUAUAUAAUUUACAUAAUAUAAAAUCUGUAAUAAGAGUAUAUAUAGAAUGUUAGGAGUCUAGCCUUUUCAAACCGGCCGACUUCCAUGUACGAGGAUCGUCCAAAGGGAACUCUAAGAAUGAUUGUUUCAUCCGGGGAACGUCUCGUAGACCUCAUAACUGAAAUCAUCGGACGAACAUCAUCAAUAAGAACUAGUUUAUGAACAAGUUUGUUCAUGCAUGAAGACAAGAUCUAAAAAUUCAUGCCAAUAUGAGACUGGAAUUAUAUAGUUUAGUAUUUUGCCAGCGGAUUUCAUACGAUACAUCAGAGGUGAAUCCAAAGAUCAAAAUAAAUUUGGUAGCUCUUCUUUGGACUUUCUCAAUAUCCUGAAUUAAACCGAUUGAUUGCAUCAGGACACCGACUACUUGACUUGACGAGGCAAACUUGCUACGGACAAGCUGAAUGUAAAGCAACCUUCUAGCUUCUAAAUCAAUGACUUCCAGGGUAGAAUGCCUAAUCAAACUGAGCAUCUUAUUUGCUUGGGGACGAGUACCUUCAACCUGCUCUUUCCAAGUCACUUUGGUAUUCAAAAUUAUUCCCAAAUCUACUGUCCUUUACUUUACUGAAAAACGACAGGAUUUAUUUUCCUUGCAUUGGACUUGACAUUUGUUAGUAUUAAAACUUAUAUCACCAUGCAUGGGAACGCAGAUUCAGAAGCUGGAGUUGGUAUUGCGAUUUGCGAAACGAAGUUUGUUUUUGGCAACGUCUUCGUGCUUCUGGUGCACUUGACUUGCGCAUGCUCCAGGGCACAUUGCUGUAGUACUGUGUCUGGCUAUUGUAUUUUUCUUGCCAUAUUGUGUUGGUUCCAGAUGUCAAAGUAUUUUUAACUGUGAUCAAUAUGUGACAUCCCUAGUAAGUAUAGCGCUUUUCCUUUUCUCUCUCAAUGCUAGGUCUUCGCUUAAUAUCGUCGGAUGGCGAUGUUGAACAGCGAGGUUAAAUGUGAAAGAAAGUUCGGCCGUACCUUUUAUACCUUUUUCUUUUGUAUAGAAUUACAUCUUGAUUUUCACUGAUUUUGGGAUGCAGAUGGCACUGUAAUUUAAACUAGUGAUGUUCGUUUCUGUGAAGUGAUAGAGAAACAUUAAGGAUAUAAUCAUGCAUGGCAUAUAGUCGCAAUAAACAUUCAUAGCAUAAUAUAUUUAUUAUUGCAUUUUGUAUUGUAUUUGUGUACGAUUAAGGGAAACUACAAGAAAUACAAUCAUUGUAAUCCAUUUCACGAAACAUUGACCACAAAUGUUCCGAACUUCGUUGCGAAGUUCGGAAGUUCAUAUUGGAAUUCACAAGCCAACUUGUAAACAAAGUCCCCGAUUGGUCCCUGAAGUAAAAGAAGCCAAUCAAAUGCGUACAGUUUACAAAAAAACUGGUUUGUGAAUCGCAUUAUGAACUUUUGAACUUCGCAACGAACUUGCGAACUUCGCAACGAAGUUCGGAACAUUUGUGGUCAAAGUUUCGUGAAACCGACUAUAACUCGUUCAAUUUGGUUAGUAUUGUCAAUAUGGGUAAAAAUGUCAUUACCGUUGUUCAAUGGUCCAUCUGAUGUGUAUUUUCUGUAGGCCUGAAGCUAAGGUAUUCCAUUGCAAGCCAGUGAGAAGUAGUGGUAGCGGAAGUCAAAUCUGAACCUCUCUAAUAUAUACGUAACUGCGGAAACGCGGAAAUUACGAUCCCUCAUAACAUCGUAAUAAUUCAUUUAACUUUUAACUAAACAGAAGCAGAAAUUUAUCACAAGAACAAGUAUUUAUUCCCGAAAUCAUAUGAAACAAUUUUUUUUCAAAUGAAUUGAUGGACUGCCGACUUCUGAAACAUUCAAUAUCUUGGAGCAUGCGUUCUUUCACGCUGAAGCUUCCCACAAUCGCAAUGAAAAAUAAGAAGGCAUUCAAUUGUUGGUGGGGUUGUUUACCUCAGCAAGGGUGACAAAUAUCUAUCAGUUGAAACAAAAUACUAUAUAUACAGUUGUGUUUUAAGAGAUUACUAAAAAAGAAGUGAUCUUAACUGAGAAAAUCGAGGGGAACGUUUAUGCAUGUAAGGGGAAUUAUGUGCAUGUUCCGGAUCCAAAAUGAGUAUCCUGAAACGCCCGAGAGGAAUUGGUUCCUGAGCGGUCGUUAAUCUGCAGUACAGAGACAACUAUUCACUGAGAUCGACGGCUCGCGAAGAAAUAUGUGACUAAAAUUUGGUAAGUUUUUUAUAUAAAAUAAAACUUACUACUCUUAUCUAGUUUCUGUUAAAACGUUGUUUACAUGUACAGAAAAAGCUUUCUGGCAAACUAUAAAGUGAAGCAACACUGAAAACUGCUCUGUUUUCGAAUUUUAUUAAAAUCCAGAUUUUAAAUAAAAUUUUAUUUUUAAAAUGAAAUUUUAUUUCAAUUUAUUUUUUUAUUGAUAAAAUCGAAUUUUUUAAAAUCCGAAAAUCUGUUGUUGCCCGGACCUCUAACUCGGUCAAUAACUUAUACUUUGAGUGAAUGUCUUUUGUGUUAUAUGAAUGAAUGUCUAACGUUAUAUAUAGACUAUAUUACAUGUAUACAUAAAUUCUACUUAAACCAUUCAUAUUUAUCAUUCGAUAUUUAUCACUAUCUGCCUUGGUGUGGUUCAUUUUGGGUUUUCAUCAGUGCUGGUUGAUUAUGAUUGCGAGAUUCUGCUGGCACUUCACUCCACCAUGACAGUUCUGUUCUACUGAAUAAGGGUGCUUCCUUGCUUAGAUCUGUACUGAAAUAUUUUCAACUUUUCUUUGAGGAUUGCUGUUGUUCCACGAGGGCAAGUAUUGCGUCCAUUUUCGUCUCAAGUAUUUGCAGUUUCUUGUUCAUAUGAUAAACAGUUGAUUCAAGUUUUCCUUGGUUCGUUUCAUCAUCUUUUUCUAAAGGUGGUUCAUGAAACUCACAACCUCGAGAAUGACUUGCUGUCGAUUCCUCUGACUCGCUGUUCUGUUCUUCUGCAGGUUCCUGAUCGCAUGUCCACUUAUCCGUGAUGUUUUGACCUCGCCUGUGACGACAUUGUGGCGGAUUACUUUGCUCAUAAUGCGGAUUACUUUGCUCAAAGUUAAGAUCGUCUUCAUUAAGUUUUUCAUUUAUUUUAGUAAAAUUAUGUUUUCCAUGUGGUAUGCCAUUUAUUUGUUCUUCUUUAUUGUUCUCAAUGAUAUUGGCAAACCUCCAGAGUUUUUGAACGUCAUCAUUAGAGCCACAUGUUGAACUCAGAACACACAAUGGAAGUGCAACUAAUGUUUCGUUUAUUCCUCCUUUCUUGUUCUUUUUCUUUUGUGAGAAACUAAUCUCAUGGUCUUGCGCAUUACAAUUUCGUUUCGCUUUCUGUCGUCCAAGCCACGAGGUGAAGAAAUGUAAACCGUGGUGUUCAGAACAGGUUUCUUCAACUUCUAUUGCAUCCCACGAACUCAGGAUCU